UGCAUCUUUAUUUAUUCUUACAAAAGAAUGAUGUACUUUAUGUUUGUUUUACGUGCUGGCACAGGUAAAUAGAGGAGAACUGGUAUAUAAUAGGUGCUUAAUGAAAUACCUUUUGUUAUUAUGAUAUCAUGUUAGCAUAAUGCUAUUACAGAGAACUUGUUGAGGUGUAAGUAGUCCCAAAGAGCAAGAAAGACAAAUGAGGCUUUCUGAAGUCAUUCUCUGGCAGGAAUUGAGAAAAUACCAAAGCUCUCCAGGACACUGUUGUCUCUGGAUUUCUGUGUGCCAAUUGAAACUAUCUAGGGGCUGAUCAGCACAUGGUUUCCUCACUCCCACUGACCACCUGAAUCUCAUUGACAGUGAUUUCAAUGCUUCUUUACCUGUUUAAUUUUUGGAGGCAAAUAUCUGAGCUUCCUGCCUGUCAGUUGUAUUUGCCAAAGGUAUGUGUGUUCUUGAGGCAGCAAGCGUCUCUCAGUUGCCCAGGAAUGCAAUUCUGUCUUCACACUGAGAAGUCCAGGGCAGAUCAGGAAAGAAAAUCUACUGAGUGGCUCAGGCUCCUGGAGGGUUGGUGUCUGAGCACCUGGAAGCAGGAACAGGGUCAAGUUUUGUGCCUGCUAACACUCUCAGUUCAGAAAUGGAAUUGGGAUCCAGGAUGGAGAAAAAUGAUCAGUUCCUGCAGACGCUGGGCAAAAAGAUCGUCAACAAGUGUCUAGAUUUGAAUAGUUGUGGAUUAACAACCGCAGAUGUGCGCAAAAUGGUUGCUUUGUUGCCUUUUCUCCCAGACUUGGAAGAACUGGAUAUUUCCUGGAAUGAUUUUGUUGGUGGGAACCUCCCCUCAAUCACUCAACAAAUGCAUGUUACCAGCAAGUUAAAAGUCCUGAGGCUGGCUAGUUGCAGACUUACCACUGAGGAUGUCCGAGCACUGGGAGAAGCGCUUGAAAUGAUACCUGAACUUGAAGAGCUAAAUUUGUCCUGGAAUAGUAAAGUGGGAGGAAACUUGCCUCUGAUUCUCCAGAAGUUCCAAAAAGGGAGCAAGAUACAUGUCCUUGAACUAAUGGAUUGUGCCCUCACAUCAGAAGAUGGGGCAUUUGUGGGUCGGUUGCUACCCAAGCUGCAAAGUCUUGAAGUACUUGAUCUUUCCAUUAACAGAAACAUCGGUGGUAGUCUCAACAGUAUUGCUCAGGGAUUACAAAGUGCCUCAACUCUGAAAGUACUGAAGUUACAUUCAUGUGGAUUAUCGCAAAAGAGUGUCAAAAUAUUGGAUGCCACUUUUAGAUACUUGGGUGAGCUGAGGAAAUUAGAUCUUUCCUGCAAUAAGGAGCUGGGUGGAGGUUUUGAAGAUGCAUCAGCCCCACUGGUCAUGCUAAAGCAUCUGGAAGUCCUAGAUCUUCACCAGUGCUCACUAACAGUGGACGACAUAAUGUCACUGACCCAGGUUAUCCCUUUACUCUCAAAUCUUCAAGAACUGGACUUAUCGGCCAACAAAAACAUGGGCAGCUCUUCUGAGAACCUACUCAGCAGGCUCCGAUUUUUACCCACAUUGAGGUCGUUACUCAUGAACAACUGUGCUUUGGAAAGUGAGACUUUCACAGCUCUCGUCGAAGCCUCUAUUCACCUCCCCACUCUGGAAACAGUCAACCUUUCUUGGAAUAAGUGUGUUGGUGGCAACCUGAAACUGCUUCUGGAAACACUAAAGCUAUCAACAUCUCUUCAAGUGCUGAGGCUGAGCAGCUGUUCCCUGGUGACAGAGGACGUGGAACUCCUGGCAUCAGUUAUACGGAUGGGACACCUGACCAAACUGCAGAAGCUUGACCUGAGCUAUAAUGAUGGCAUCUGUGAUGCAGGAUGGGCCAUCUUCUGCCAAAAUUUGUGGUUCCUCAAAGAGUUAACAGAGCUGGAUAUUAGCCUUCGGCCAUCACACUUUCGGGACUGUGGACAUUGGUUUAGAUAUCUAUUAUGUGCUGUAACCAAACUCCCUGAAAUCACUGAGAUAGGAAUGAAAAGAUGGACCCUCCCAGCCUCACAGGAGGAAGAACUAGGAUCCUUUGACCAAGAUCCCAAAAGAAGAGGCAUUCACUUUGACCAUGGUGGGUUUCGGUAAACUGGUUUCUUAGGUCUUACUUAGCUAGGAACAAUUCUCUAGAGCAGGAAAAGAGUAUGAGCAAAUUCCAGUGUCAUCAACUGAGUAUCAACUUGUGGUUGUUUACUGGGACUUAUGUUACAAGAGCUUUGUAAAUAUAUGUAGCUAAUAAUUCAAUUCCAGCAUGUCUUUAUUCUCUGUCUUAUGAAAAAAGGAUGACAUUUUCCAACAGAUUUUGUUUUGGAUAUAUAAUUAGUUCACUUACUAUUUAGAAAGCCUACCAAACAUGUUGAUAUUCUUAUAGAGUGUUUGCUUUCUUCUUACUCUGAAAUUUUUUCUUUCUUGUUUUCCUAUUCAUGUUCUAAAUAUAAAGGUGUGUGUGUGUGCGUGUACCUAAAUGCACAUAAAUGUGAAUCUAAUGUAAAAGAAACUAGCUGUGUAAAAGUGCUAUGUUAUCUUUGCUAUUAUAACAUAAAACUUGUUGUGUUGCAUUUUUCUCUCAGAUAUAAACUAUGUACACUAAUAAUGGCUGUUGAUAUAUAAAUCUUGGUUAAAAGGUAGCCAAAAAUUCAAAAUCCUGCAUGAAAAUCACAUCUCGUUAAAAUAAAGUAAAAUAUUUUAUAGUUAGAACAAAUUGUUAACUUAUCACCUCUGGGUAUUUCUUAUUACUAAUUCAUUAAUAAAAGCUUUUGUGUUGCUCUAA